AUGCGCUCUGUCUACGCUGCUGCUCCCUUGGCUCUUGCCCUCCGCGCUGCGGCUGUCACUGAGGAUUCCUGGUACUUCGGUAACGGGUUCUACACUGGCCCUCCUUCCAACAGCGCUCACAUCACCAAGGCUACUUGGUCGGUUAUCGCCCCCAGCGUCCCGCAGAACACCACCGUUGAGAACACCAACGACGAGGUCUGGGUCUCGCUCUGGAUCGGCCUCCAGGCGACUGCCGGUGACGAUAGCUCCUACUUGUACCAGCCUCUGUUCAACUGGUCGCCCGACCAGGAGUCCCAGGGCUGCCCUGCUACCGCCGAGGAGUGGUGUGUCGCCGCCAGCACCUACACUCCCAGUGGUCAACUCGGCCAGGCCUAUGUGACCGUUCCCCAGGAUAGUCAGGUCGACUUUGAGGUCACCGUUUCCGAUAGCAAAGUCACGCAGGUCGUCAGCAUCGACGGCAAGGUCGUUUCGAAGGAGACUGACAAGCUCGACAGCAACCUGCUGUACCUCUACUCCGGAGAUGAGUGCUACACUGGCUCCGGCACCUGCGGUACUCAGCCCGCCUACAGCUGGAACAACAUCACCAUCCACCUGAGCGAGGCCGAUUCCAAGUUCGGCGAGACCCUGUACCUCUACAGCGGCUCGAGCUCCAAUGGCUUCACCACCUCCGACAGUGGCAAGACUUGGCACACGGAUGCCAUCAAGAUCUCCACCGACACCUUCGCGGUGCUCGACUAG